AUGCCGCAUCUCGAACUGGAGAUGAAGAUGGAGAUGGAGAUGGAGAUGGAAAUGGAGAUGGAGAUGGAGAUGGAGAUGGAGAUGGAGAUGCUGUCGCCAGACGGUACAUGCAUCUUCACCUCGGACUACGACCGCGCAUUCUCCGUCUACCCCAUCAGCACCGACGUGCUCGAGGCGACUGCCACACAGCCCCUCAAAGUGUACGCGCAGUUCAGAUCCGCAGACCCCAUCUGGGCAUUCGCUGCCAACCCGCUGUUCAACCUGCAAGACUCCAACAGCACGCACGUCCUCGUCAGUCGGCGAGACCGAUACACGACGCUCCAUAACGCGCUCUGGGACAUUAACAACCCAACCGCCACCCCUCCAGUCCCCGCCUCGCCCGUCUCCAUCCACACCCCGCUCGCAUCCUACAAGCUCAUCAAUCACCUGACCGAAGCCGUCACCGCGCCGCUCAGCCUCGCCUACUCCAACUCAGGCACCCACUUCUUCGCCGGCUCGCACAACAGCAUCUCCAUCUUCGACCUGUCCCAUACCUCGGACCCCGUGAGCAGCAUCCCCACCAUCCCCUCGGCGCGCACCAAGCUCAAAGGCGGCGGCCGCGGCUUCAAAGGGCACAUUUGCGCCCUCGCCGUCUCGCCGCCCACAGCCGCAUCCGCCGAAGGCCUCGUGGCCGCAGGCUCGCGCACGCGCUGCGUCGGUCUGUACGACGCCCUCAGCGGCGCAGAGGUGACGCACUUCUCGCUCCCCGGGACCGUGAAUGGCCGCACCCUGCCCAGCGAGGCUGCGUCACCCCUCGUGGGCGCCGGCGUGAGCAGCCUCAAAUGGAGCCCCUGCGGUCGCUACUUGUACGUCGCCGAGCGCGACAGCGACGUCCUGCUCAUCUACGACGCGAGGCGCUUCAGCAUGGCGCUGGGGUACUGCGCGGGCAGGCGCGCGCACACCAAGCAGAAGCUCGGGUUCGAUGUCUGGAACGCGGGGCCCAGUCCUUAUGACAUCGAGGGCGUUGCGCAUGAGGUCUGGGCCGGCGGGGUGGAUGGGAAGGUCAGGGUGUGGCGGGAUCCGUAUGCGAAGGAGGGCGCUGUCGAGGCGGAUGAGGUCGUCGACGUCGGUGGGGAAACGAUGCCCGUCGUGAGUACGCUGGUGCAUGCAUCUGGUAGUCUGGCGGUGGCUGCGCGCGGAACGCUGUCAGUGGACGACGGCGCACUCGAACGAGGCAUCAAAAGAGGUGGCGGCACGCGACCCAGGUUUUCCGAGCGAGGCUAUCUCGACGUGCUCGGGCUAUCUACGUACUGA